AUGUCUUUUCCAAGUGGCCUGUAUACUCUCAGAGCCUCUCCUGCUGCCGGAUACGGUGGUUUGUAUGCCACUGGAAACGGCGUUGACGACGUUGUGGCCGUCGCGCCACAGUCGCCACCGUUCAUUGAGCGUCAGGUCUGGAAGAUUGAAGCCGUCCAUGGCAAGGAAAGCGCAUACACCAUCAGUCUCCACACCAAUGGAAGUACUUUUGGAGGACAUUGGUUCCCAAAGGACGGGGAACCGAUUCCUGAGCACCCCGUCGUUACUUCGGAAAAUUCUUACGAAUGGUUCAUUGCGUAUAAGAAUAUUCCGGACGUUCCUCACAUCAUCACCAUUCGAGCACCUAAUCCCCGUCUCGGCGUGGACUUUUAUGCUGGAACUAAUGAUAAAGAACAAGUGAGCACCUUACACUCUCUGAUGAUUUGCUUUGGCUGA